UAAAGCUGUACUACCUUGGCCCCAGGUUUCUAUCACAAAUAUCCACCGUUUGGGAUAAAGAGCGCCUCCCACAAGUUUUACCUUGCAUCGCAUUUUCUUCUGUAUGAGCAAGAUCACUAUACUAGUUUCGUCCCUUGUUGCACUCAUCGUUGCCGUGAUUUUCCCCAAACUCUUCUUCCAAUCCGCCAAAGUUACUCCAGUUUUAACCCAUAUGGUUAGUUCUGCGUCCGCCACCUCCACUGCGUCCGACAUUACCAAGUACGAUCAAAGAUUGAACAUGGGCAUCACUUCAUACGCCGCAGCUUCCCCGUACAACCCAAGUUACUUCUUGAGCCAUGGUGGUCCAACUUUCAUGUAUUCUGAAGAGAAUGGAAAGGGUGGUGAUAUGGGUGCCUUCAGGGCGUUGCAGAAGAUCGGGUCCCAUAUUGUCAACGACGUCAAGCCUGCUUUCAUCAUGGUUGUCAGUGCUCAUUGGGAAUCUAGCGGCCACGACAACAUUGAAAUCACCAUUCCAAAGCCCAAGGGAUUAAAGCCAGAUGAGAACGAGUUGAUUUACGAUUUCUACGGUUUUCCUGACCACAUGUACCGCGAACAGUUCCGCACCAGAGGAUCUCGCGAGCUAUCUCAAUCUAUUUCUGACUAUUUAAACGAAAAUGGUUUGAAAGCUUCGGUUACCGCCAGAGGGAUCGAUCACGGUACCUGGGUUCCGUUUAAGGUUGCCUUCGGUAAGACCGGGCUCACUGACGAUUACUGGCACUUGGGGGUCCCAUUGAUUCAGAUUUCUCUUGCACAUACCGAAAAAUUUGCUAUUCACGAGCAAUUGGGUGGCUUGUUGAGACACUUUACUGAAAAGAGUGGUGCCAAUGGUAUCUUGAUCAACUCGGGUAUGAGCGUUCAUAACUUGCAUGAUUUGGGUACUGCAAUGUACAACCAUCCGAAUAGGCCGAUGUCUUAUGUUGUUCCGUUCCAUGACAAGUUGAGAGACAUUUUCACCAAAAGCACUGAUUAUGAGAGUAGAAUUGAGGGGUUAGAAAAGUUACACCAAGAGCCGAUAUUCAGGCAGGCUCAUCCAAGUGUCGAGCAUUUCAUGCCCAUUGUGGUUGCCGAUGGGUUUGCUGGUAAGUACGGUAAGGUGAAGGAAGUUUACAACAACGCGUCUCUUAGUUUGGGCUGGGGGGUUUACGAGUUUAUUGCUUCUAACAAAGACGUUAAGCUGUGAGGUUAGCUUAGUGUUAGGUCUUGUUUAGAAGGUUAGACAUAGUGUAUAUGAAUAUUCUCUAAAAAGAGUCACAUCCCAGUCAGUUCUAGUAAAU